AUGAGGCUGCACCAUUCCAGGCCAUUCCUGACGGGCUCACUCCUUCACAAGCCGAUAAUCCAACCGACCAACAACAACAACAACACCCUGAUCAUCAGAUUCAGCCGGUUCUCAUGCUCACCCAGCCGGACCAGCCGGGCGGCGGCCGACGGGAGCCAGGGGUCGAGCAGCGGAUUCAGGGAGCCGCUGGACACAUCCAACUGGAAGCCACGCGUCAAUCGGCGAUGGACUCCCAUGACCAUCGUCCUCGUCUCCGUCCCCAUCCUCACCUUCGCCUUGGGUACUUGGCAGGUCCAGCGACUCGGUUGGAAGAAGGAGUUGAUCAAGGACUUGGAGAAUAAGAUGGCCCUCGAACCGAUCAGCUUGCCCAAACACAUCAAUCCGAAAGUGAUUCCUGAAUUCGAGUAUCGCAAGGUCAAGCUUACCGGCAGAUUCGAUCACUCUAAGGAGAUCUUCAUCGAGUCUCGAACUCGUGAAGGCGAACUAGGCUAUCAUCUUAUCACCCCUUUCCAUCCUCAUAACGGCGGCCAACCCAUCCUCGUCAAUCGCGGAUUCAUCAAACGCCAGCUCAAGGACCCUCGAUCUAGACCUCUCAGUCAUGAGUCUAAAGAUGUUGUUGAGGUGAUAGGUAUGCUACGUAAACAAGAGAGCAAAUCGUUCUUUCAACCUAAUAAUUCGAAGGAUUCAAACCAAUGGUACUUUGUUGAUAUCCAAGAAAUUGCUGAGCAUUUGGAGACUGCGCCGAUCCUUGUUGAUGCCAUCACUUGUACGUCUUCCACGUUCUCUUCUUCUUCUCUCUGUCUUUCCACAAAACUUUUUCUAAAAAGCUAA